GUUAUUCUCUACAGACCUGAAAGGCUGAAAGCACUCCUGACGCGACAUCGUCGUCUAACUGUACGAGAGUCGGGAAGUUUCACGGAGAGAGGAGAUGGGAGGAGCACAAGCGCUAAAGAGGAUCCCGCGCAUCAAAUUCCCACAGAGACGCCCAAACCUAUCUGGUUCUGCAACCAAGAAUGAAGAAGCAUCUGCUGCAGAAAAUCCUGAUCUAACUUUCUUCUCAAAUUCAAAGGUUUCAAAUUCUGUGGGUGGGAAAGCUUCACUUCAGCCAAAGCGAACCCCAGUAUCUAACGAGGAGAUUGAGGCUAUUUUGUUGGGUGGCUGCUUCUAACUCUUAUGACAGAGCUUUGAGGAGGAAGGACAAUAAGCUAAACAUUACUUUUGGUGUUGGUUUAUACUUAUUAAAGUGUAAUACUUGUAGCUUUCCGUAGACACCUCCACAUUGUCAUAUUGCAAAAGCUGUAUGGGAUAGAUAACAUUCAACUCAAUUGAUUUCUUAACGCAUUUUAUCA